AUGGACAACCAGAAAAUGAGUUAUUUAUUUAUUUUUCUAUGGGAGAGAAAGGGCAAAGCAAAGGCGAUGCCUUUAGCUUUUUCUUUCAUCUAACAUUUAGUAUAAUAACCAGUCCUUUUCCAGCCAACAUCCAGCUUGCCGUUCUUCUUCUUCUUCUACUACUCUUCCAUGGUCUCCCUUCCCCAUAUGUCCAUCCCUCUCCCUUCCCUUACUGCCCCAUCCCUCUCUCUCUCUCAAUUAUUGGUUUUUUCUCUUGUUUGCUAAUUCAUCCUUUGUUAAAACUCGGCACUUUCAUUGACUAUCUACCAAAUCUAAGUCAUCCCUAUAUUUCUCUCUCGCACAUCCUGCUGUGGGCAGCAACAAACACACAAACCCAGAUCAAAUUGAAGCAUCAAGAAGCUGACUUUGGAGCCUUUGGAUGAUGGGUUCUUCAGUUCAUGUUAAUUUCACGAGUGAGGUAGUGUGAAUUUUCGUACUGUCUUGCGUAUAUUUUUUCCCCUGUACCAAGGAAGCGCCGAUUUCUUAGUAUAGGUAGGGAGGAAUUAUAGAGAAAUAUAUUGUUUUUCUUAAUUUGGUAUAAUGAGAGACUUCCCUUCUUGUUUUGGUGAAAGUGGAGUUCAAAUAGCUGAUUCUUCAUCUUCAAACACUGCAAAAGCUGCACAAAACUUGGUCACCUGUGUCUAUCAAUGUAAAUUACGCGGUCGUUCUUGCUUAAUUACUGUUACCUGGACCAAGAAUCUUAUGGGUCAAGGUCUUAGUGUCGCAAUCGAUGAUUCAACGAAUCAUUGUCUCUGUAAAGUUGAUAUAAAACCAUGGUUGUUUUCUAAAAGAAAAGGGUGCAGGAAUUUAGAGGUAGAUUCUAGUAAAAUUGAUAUAUAUUGGGACCUAUCUAAUGCCAGAUUUGGUUCUGGGCCAGAACCGCUGGAAGGAUUUUAUUUGGCUAUUGCAUUUAACCAAGAAAUGGUGUUACUUCUUGGGGAUAUGAAGAAGGAAGCAUACAAGAAAAUUGACAGUGCUUCGAUACAUGGUAAUGCCAUUUUUAUCGCUAAGAAAGAGCACAUUUUUGGGAAGAAGUUCUAUGGUGCAAAAGCUCAGUUCUGUGAUAAGGGGCAGAUGCACAAUGUCACAAUCGAUUGUGAUACCGUUGAUCUUAAGGACCCUUGUCUUGUGAUCCGAAUUGA